UACAUAAAAUCACAAUCAAUUAAUUGAAAUACAUUGAAAUAGGCUAUAGCACUGCUUCUUAAACUUCUAAUUGGCCACACAUUCAGAAUAAAAAAUUGCGUGCGCCACUCCAUUUUUUUUCUUGAUGAGAAAUGCACUCGAAAACAGAAAGAAACGACAACUACCAGUGCUUGGUUUACAAGAUAGAACGCAACUACUUUAUAAUCUGAUCGUGGGACAUCCAAAAAGCAUGCAAACAACCAGCAGAAAAUUGAAAGAAGGAAUGCUCUCCAGGUGAGGGCAGGAAGAGCCAGGAGCUUUUGGGAGAGGCCGGCGGCUGAUGAAUACGUGUUGGAAGUUUCUGGAUGGUGUUUCUAUCUCUUGGCACAUAUUUGUGAGUCAAGGUCAUCUUGCCAGCGCCAGGAACAACAGAAGGCUCCAGAAAUGUCUGGAAGGCCACUGCAGAGGAUAAAAGGAGGCGCUGAAGCUUGUCAGAGACAGACAGUGGAGCGGAAAGAGACACUGCAGGCACCUGGAGCCCAGAGAGAGAGUCGAAAGAGACACUGCAGGCACUCGGAGCCCAGAGAGAGAGAGAGAGAAACAGACCGUCCUGCUGAGCUAUGCUAAGUUUCUCAAGAUCCGGAGGGUUGCAGCACGGGGGUUAUCCUGGGUCCAGCCUCAUCUCCCCGCAGCUUUACAGCAGAGAUCCAAGAAGCGGCUACAGGUGGCUGGAGGUUCCGCAGAACCUCUCUGCGCAGAACCUCUCUGCGCAGAACCUCUAUGCGCAGCCCCAGGUGGAUGAGAUGGGGAGGCCGAGGGUCUUGCAUGCAGGUACCUAUCCCCAGAACCUCUUUGCACAGCCCCAGGUGGAUGAGAUGGGGAGGCCGAGGGUCUUGCCUGCAGGUAGCUAUCCCCACGUCUCCUGGGCAGCCCCAGGCCAGGAAGGGCAGGGCAGCCUUGUCCCCAAAGUCAGCUUCCAGGAGAACAAAAUCACGUACCAGCUCUGCCUGGACAUGGCCGGGUUUUUGUCGGACGAUCUGACCGUGAAGAUGGACGGGAGGAAGCUGACGGUGUCUGGGAAGCACAAGAAGAAGACCAGGUCGGAAGACGACCUCGUUUUCCACGAUCACAGAGAGGUCCUCAGGGAAAUUCUCCUGCCGGAAGAUGCCGAUCUCGACGCCGUGACCUGCACCUUGACCCACGAUGGGAAACUCUGCUUCCAGGUCCCACGCAAGGCCCCGACCGCUCCCAAGGUGACAAACAUCCCUGUCACCAGGGCCGCCCAGGGGGGAAAAGGGCAGGAGAAGGCUGCUCUGGAAAAGGAUGACCAAGAAGGAGGAAGUGGAGAGGGGGAGGCGAGAAAUACCGGGGACAAGGAUGACCAAGAAGGAAGUGAAGACGAGUAGGCAUAUCCAGGACAGAAGUGAGGGAGGGCGGACAGUGCAAAGCAUGGGGCUUCAAAGGACAUGGCGAUUCCAGCUGUUCCAGCUGCAAGCUUUGGGGCUUGGGAACUUUGCUGCCAUCCUGUUCCCUGGACGUCCUCUCACAUGUAGGUCAUCUCUUUUGGGGGUACCUUUUAUACAUCCCACAAGUCAUGGGUUGUUGUUUAUCGUGCAGUUCCAUUAUGAUUGUCGUUUCCUUAAUAUUGUACUUUGGAGAACCCAUCAGGAAAUAAACUUGCAUUGUUUCCCCCUUGAAA